AACCUCCUGCAACCAGCCACUCAACUCUAGCAAACUGCUCCUAGACCUUCCCUCCUUCCCUUCGCUCCAUCCCUGCCGUCCCUCCCUCCUGCCACUACCUAACAUCCUCCUCUCCUCCGCUCUCCCUCCCCCGACAAACAAGCUUUCCGCGCUUCAUUGCUCGACAACAAGCAUCCCCGACGACCGCUCGUCUCCCCUGGACUCUCUCGCAUGCUAGGCUUAUUGCGCUUAUUGAUCUUGGCCGCGUCUCUGGUGCUCGCGGCCUCCACCGCUCUCGCCUCCUCUCCUCGUGCUCCCAAGCUUUCCCGCGUCUCCAUCGACGUGGAUCUCUCUGGACUGCUGCCGGCCAAGACCAGGCCUCUACGCCCUGACGUGCAUGGAAGCAGCAUGGUCAGCUCUCAGAGCGAGGGGCCUCGCGCAGGCACCCGCUGUAUCCGCCUCCGCGGAGGCAACUGCCUCGACUCCUCCGCCAACCUCGCCGAGCUCACGUCGACGGUGAGCGAGCGAGUGCCGCUGAGGAGCGAGGGGGCAGGAUGCAGCACAAGGCGAUGCUGGAAGCUCAGCAGGACGGUGGAGUAGAGGAGGAGGAGGGCGCCAGUAUUCUUUGACCACGAGAUGUAUUCUUUAGAUGUACCACUAGCUGAUAUGGAUUGUGAAUGAAUCAACUAUCCCUACUC